GCCACCACGAGCCGCUACACGCAAGUCGCUGCGAACGACAAGGUUGUCUGCUUGCUCAUGGACGGCAACAACCAGCUCGACUGCACUACGUCGCAAACGCUGCCUCUUCAACUGUCUUCUCGCGGGUCGGGCAAGACGCUUCUUGCUGUCGGCGGGGACUGGAUCGUGCAAUACGACGUCGGCCCCAAAGACUUUUACCUCCAGUCGAUCUCGUUGUCUCAGCCAAUCAAAGAGAAAGCGGAUCUGAACCCUGUUUCCCAAAUCUCGACCGACGGCACGUACAUUUGCGCAAAGUCGGGCACCAGCGUCAAAUGCGGCCCCCUCCGGCUCCAGAACGGUAACCGCGUCUGGAAGACCACCACCAGCAACCUCCUGUCCACGGCCAUGGCCGCCAACAGCGCGACGAUGUACGGGCUCAGCAGUCAGAACAACUUGCAUCGCGCCACCGUCGCCGGCAUCACGAACGGCACCGUGUCGUGGCUCCAAGUGACGGGGGCGCCAAAGUUCAGCAAAAUUGCGUACGACGGCAAGCGCGUGUGCGGUAUCAAGACGCCGGGCAAUUCGAUCGUCUGUACGAUCAGCGAUCUUGCGUCCCAGACACCGACGACAUGGUCAUCACCGCUGCCCGAGAACUCCUGGUCGAGCCUCGCCCUCAGCAACAACCAGAUCUACGCGGUCACCUCGGCGUCCGUUGUCAAAAGAAUCGCGGCUCCGAUCCAGUAG